AUGGCUCGUCAAUUCUUCGUCGGUGGUAACUUCAAGAUGAAUGGGUCUGUGGACACCAUUAAGAAGAUCAUUGGAAACCUGAAUAAUGCCAAGUUGGAUCCCAGUACCGAGGUUGUCAUCGCACCCCCAGCCCUUUACCUCCUCCUCGCCCGCUCAGAGCUCCGCUCCGGCGUCGAAGUCGCCGCGCAAAACGUCUUCGACAAGCCCCAAGGUGCAUUCACAGGUGAAAUCUCCGCCGACCAACUGAAAGAUAGCAAUAUCACCUGGGCGCUUAUUGGUCACUCCGAGCGUCGUACGAUUCUCCGCGAGGACGACGCCUUCGUUGCAUCCAAGACCAAGGCCGCCCUCGACGGUGGCAUCGGCGUCAUCCUCUGCUGUGGUGAGAGCUUGGAGCAGCGUGAAGCUGGAAAGACCAUCGACGUCGUUACCUCCCAGCUAGCUGCCGUUAAGGCCAAGGUCUCGGAUUGGUCCAAGAUCGUCAUUGCCUAUGAGCCUAUCUGGGCCAUUGGUACCGGCAAGGUUGCUACUACUGAGCAGGCACAGGAGGUUCAUGCUGCCAUUAGAGCGUGGUUGAAGAAGGAGAUUGGCGAGAAGGUUGCUGAAGAUACGAGGAUUAUCUAUGGCGGCAGCGUGAGCGACAAGAACUGUGGUGAUCUGAGCAAGCAGCCUGAUAUUGAUGGAUUUUUGGUCGGUGGUGCCAGCUUGAAGCCAGCUUUCGUGGAUAUUAUCAAUAGCCGCUUGUGA